AGCAAAUUGAACUUUUCUGACCCAAUAGUUCAUGAAUCUAUGAUGGCUCUUUUGGAUGCAAAGGCCAUUAAGCAAGUGUCCUUAACUAUACGUGGUCUAUAUCCAGAUUCCGAUAUUGAUGGAAUAAUGCAGGACUUGGACAGGUUCGCUCCCGAUCCCGAUGGUACCAUUCAGUGCCAUAAAUGCCAACGUUGGGUCACGUCUCCAAAAACUGUAGCUCUCCAUUUAACAGUGUCAAAUGUGAAAAAAGGCUCUCCCCAGGGGAAUGCCAGCGAACCCGGUCUGAUGCUUCGGAAUCAUUCUGUGCAAAUUGUAAAACCAAUGGCCACCUUGCCAACUGGAGCGACAAGGCAAAACAAAAUAGCCAAGGCCACUGGAAGGAAGACUUCGGCAAUCAACGUGAACAAAGUACAAUAUCACAGCAAAGUUCUUGUCAAUCAAAACCCGCUUGCAUUGAAAACUUUUUAAAACUGGCUGAAUAAUUCCUAGAACCAGAAGAAUUAACCCUGGAAUAGCAAAUUAACAUAUUUUUAAAUGAUUUUCAUAGCAUGCAGAAAACUGAAGCCAGGGCGAUCUUUUAAAGACUUUUCAAUAAAGUAAGAGCUCAAUACGGACCAUAGAA